AACAAUCUUUGGUUAGAACAUGCGUUAAUGGCGGCAGUAUAAUGGCUUCUCGAUUCAGUGAAGAUGGUAAAUAUUUUGCUCGUUUAUCUGUUGAUGGAAAAUUAAAAAUAUGGAAUGCGUGUUCUAAUACGUUCGAACAAGAGUUUACACCUGAUUUCCACUUAAAUUCACCGUGUACUUGUUUACAUUUCAUUCAAAAUCUUUCAGUUAAGUAUAAGGCUGGUUCACCUAAGAAGAAAAAAAGGAGUGAUUCUGAAUCUAAUGUUAAUCCAAAAGUAUUACUAGGAACUACUUCGGGUGUUUUAUUAUUAUAUUCUAUAACAAAUGCAGGAUUGGAAUGUACACUUAAUAGUGAAACCAAUCAGUCAAUUAAUUGUUUAUCUACAGUUGAUUCCAAUGUUGUAUAUUCAGGUUCAGAUCAGGAUGUUUUGGUUUGGAAUCUCGACAAGAAGAAAAUUGUCAAUAAGUGGAAAGUAGGAAAUGAGAGAGUAACGGCCGUAUUAGCAAUCCCCGAUAGUAACCAAUUACUUACUGCAGUAAAAAAUAUAAAACUAUGGGAUACUGAUGCAAAAGAAAUACUUAGAACUUUCACAGGGCACAAAUCAGAAAUUAUGUUUUUACAUUACUUGAUUCCACAAACUAAAGGAGAUUCCUACUUCAUAUCUGGUUCAAAGGGUGAUAGGACCUUAAAUUGUUGGAGUUUAAAUAGCAGUUCAUCUAAUAAAAAUGCCACAACUACUUUUCUAAUGGAAGAUAUUGUUCAAAAUAUUUCAUUAAAUUUUGAUAAUAAUGGGGCUACUCAAAUAGCAGUUACUGUAAGAACAGGAGUUGUUCAUAUCUACAGACAUACUUUAAAUGGAAAAUCUGAUAAACCUUUGAAACCAAAAACAACAAUUCAAGUAGUCAAACAAGAUACUGGUCAAACGGCUGAAAUGGUAACACCUAUUAGAAUUGCAGGUGCAUUUUUCAUUGAUAGCGAAACAAUAUGUAUAGGGCACGGUUCUGAGAUUUUGUUAACAUUUGAAAAUAUUUCUAUAAUAACUACAAAGAAACUUAAUUGUAUUGUACGACAAGAUCCCCAUAAAUUAAAAUCAUCUACACAAGAUCAUGUAACAAAAAUAAUAACUCCAGUUAUAAACGACAGUGUCCAUUAUUUAACACCCGCAACGUCCUCUGUAUCCACUGCUAAAAGGAAAAGUGAUGGUACCUUGGAAGUACCUAUGGAAAAAAGGUUGGAGAAUCUUACCCUUGGUAAAGCAGAAGGAAAUAAAGUACCCAAAGCGGAUAACGUAGCUCAGUUAUUAAUACAAGGAUUACACAGUAAAGAUAAAAAUAUACUUAAAACUGUGUUAUAUCAAAAAGAUGAAGAAAUUAUUAGGAAUACAGUCAAGAGAUUACCAAUAACAACUUUUGUACCUUUUGUGCAGGAACUUACCAGCUAUAUACAGGGAAAAACUUUAUCGAGUCAGAUUGGAUCAGUUUGGUUGAAAUAUAUCUUGCAAAUCCAUUCUGGUAUUUUGAUGUCAAAUCCCGAAUUACCAGAAUUGUUAAGUUCGAUGUUAGGAAGCAUACAAAAUAGGUUAAGUUUAUGGAUUCCCUUAAACAGGUUGAAAGGACGGUUGGAUUUGUUAUUACCGCAGGUGACUGGUUUACCGCAACAAGAUGCAUGUGAAAAUCAAAUACCUUUACUUGUAUACAACGAUAGAGAUACCAGUGACUCUGAAGAAGAAGAUAUUCAAAUGGAUGGUCAAUCAGAAAGUGGGAGUGAAUGGGAGGAAGAAAGUGACUUGGAACAAAUGGAAGAAAAUAAUAUUGAUGAAAAACUUUCAGAAUCUGAUGAUGAUGCAAUGUCUUUGUAAAAUGUUUUAUUUGUUCUAUCAAGUCCAAGUGAUUAUCCAGUUUUUAAAAUAUGACAUGCUAAAUAUUAACAGAUGCUUUUAUAUAUAUAUAUAUAUAUAUAUAUAUAUAUAUAUAUAUAUAUAUAUAUAUAUAUAUAUAUUUCAAUAUUGUCUCACUUUUUAUAUACAAUGUUUGAGUUGUUCAUGUAAAUAUUUGAUUAAUAAAGUUAGUUUU